ACUCAAUGGAUAUUUUUGAUUUUAAAAAUAGCCGCAAUAUGAAUUAUUUACAUCAUAAUACGUUUAUUGAUGAUAUAAAAUGCAAUUUAUAUUCAAAAUAUUCUAAUUAUUGUAAUUUAUAAGUUUUUAUUGGUUUUUAUCUUGACCUAAACAAAAAUUUGCAAAAGCUUUAUCCUGGAUUCAACAAACUUCCGGUCGGUGCACAUUUUACAAAGUUUCAAAAAAUGCAGAAAAGGGCGAAUUACUGUGAGGAGAUGUCCAGUUAUUUCAAAAGGAAUUCCAAAAUACGAGAACUUACUUCUCAUUCUGCCAAAGUUCACUCUGUUGCGUGGAAUUGCGAUGGUAGGAGGUUGGCAUCCGGGUCAUUUGAUAAGACAGUCAGCAUUUAUUCUCUGGACAGGGACAGAUUGAACAAAGAGCUGACAUUCCGAGGCCAUUCAGACAGUGUCGACCAACUAUGUUGGCAUCCUAAACACACAGAACACAUUGCCACUGCCAGCGGAGACAAGACGGUUAGAAUAUGGGACGUCAGAGCAAACAAAUCUGUAGCUACUAUAACUACUAAAGGCGAAAACAUCAACAUCUGCUGGUCACCAGAUGGUCAAACAAUCGCUGUCGGCAACAAAGAUGAUCUCGUCACAUUUAUUGACUUCAGGAGCCACAAGGCACGCUCCGAUGAACAAUUCAAAUUUGAAGUGAAUGAAAUCUCAUGGAACAAGCAAGGGAACUUAUUUUUCUUGACCAGUGGUCAAGGUGCAAUAAAUAUCCUAAGUUACCCUGACUUAAAGCUGCAGUAUGUUCUUCAGGCCCACCCUGCUAACUGUAUAUGUAUAGAGUUUGACCCCAAGGACAAGUACUUUGCAACAGGUAGCGCAGAUGCACUGGUCAGCUUAUGGGAUGCGCAGGAACUGGUCUGUGUUAGAACUCUUUCAAGAUUAGAUUGGCCCGUGAGAACACUCAGUUUCAGUCAUGACGGCAAGUUGCUAGCGUCAGCCUCUGAAGAUCUUCUCAUAGAUAUAGCAGAGUGUGAAACAGGAGAGAAAGUUGCAGAAGUGCCAUGUGAGUCUCCCACUUUUACCUGCGCAUGGCAUCCCAAGAAAUACCUCCUAGCCUUUGCCUGUGAUGAUAAAGACAAAUAUGACCGUGACCGGGAUGCAGGAACUAUUAAAGUAUUUGGCUUCCCAAGUGACCCUUAAUAGUCUAGAAACUCUAUAGGAUACUGUAUACCAUUAAAAAGCUAGGGUGCUUCUAUCAAAGUAUUAUAUGGCUUCCACAAUGAUAUUUGAUAGGAUGUUAUGCACCAAUAGAAAGCCAGGAGGAUUUUCAGUUCAAACACAAAGCAGCUUUCACAGGGAGUUUUGCUAUCUACCAUUUGAAAGCUAGG